AUGCCGAUUUACAUUGCUGACCCGUCCAUUGAUCCAGUUUCAUUGCAGACCGUUCCGGAGAAGUACCUCAUCUUCUAUGCUUCGGUUGUCGAUGGAAAAAUGUGGUGUCCGGACUGCGUUGACGUAGAUCCCCUCAUUCAGGAAGCGUUUUCAGGCGAAGACAAGCCCGGCGCCUUGUUAGUUUACGUUGGAAAUCGUACACAGUGGAAAACGCCUUCCAACAUCUUCCGUCAAGCCCCCUGGAAAGUUACGGGAGUACCCGCCAUCGUGAAAGUAAAGGAUGGCCACCCUGGGGAGCGUAUCGUCGAGGGCGAGAUAACCCGCGACCGUCUCGCAGAGUUCGUAAAGGCAGACUAA